GAACGAGGCGUUCAUCACUACUCCUCCUGAAUCCAGGACGGUAUUAUCUUUGCGCUUGGAAUGCUUGGGCUCUGCCAACAACAUGCCCACAUUUCCUUCUGAUUCGUCCAGGUCUCUUCUAUUCACAAACCGCGGUUUACCUCAUGAGGCUCCUGAUUGCGUCGAGAAUUCAUUUCUCGCGCGAACCCCUCCAUUAUUCGGUUUCGAGGUGCCGAAUAGUCGUUAGAUUACAGCUUCUUUUUUCUAUCCGUUUCGAAGCGACCUCAAAAGAGCUUCCCUAUGAGCAUAUUCUUAGUUCUUACCAGGCCCCAUUCUCGAACCUCUCGUCUCCGGUCGAACAGACCAAGCUCAAAGCUCUCGGACACGACCCAAUCCGAAAACCGAAUUCAAUGUGGACCGAUGUGGACAUCCGGCUCGAAUGCAACCGGCCGAUCCCGUCUCCCGGACCCCGGCUCGCUCGACCCCUCCGAUACGGCCUUGGCAUUGACCCUCUCAGUCGGGUUUCGGAGCUUUGCACCGGACGGACUCCACUUUCGGCCGUUUUAGUUAGGUCACAAGAGACUACGGUUUCCUGCUUCACUCACACGUGCGGAAGCCUUUCCUUCUUCUCUUUUUACACGAGUACGAACCUUUGUGAUCUGUGUUCUCGUUUUUGUCCACCAUCACUUCUACCCAAGUGCACCGUUGCUUAUGCCGUGGCCGUGGUUACUUGUGGCUACCUGUGGCCCACUCCCGCCGGCACACGUGUAGCUGAUGCCGAUCAUCGCCGCAAGUACCCCGCACGCUAGGAGAUACCGACGGAAAAUGCCAAGGGCCCAAGGAACCCGAACGGAUGAAGCUGAGCUGGAGCUAGAGCUGGGAAGGGGGUGAAAGUCAUCAAACUUGGCUAGUAUGGAUCUGUAGUAGUACGGCGUAAUUGUAAAG